CGAACAUAACCUUCUCUCAUAUACGAUCGCGAGCCCAGACCCUCUCGCUCCUCCUCGUCUUCACCAUCGUCGCGAUCUCGAAGAGGAUUCAGCGGAUUCAGGGUUCCUCUUCUCCUUUUUGUUGCCCUCUAGCCCUAGAUCUCUAGGGGUUUGAUCUUAUUGUGAUUCGGCCGACCAUCAGCGAGUGAAAAUGCCUCUCAGACUGGAAAUUAAGAGGAAACUCGCCCAGAGGUCUGAAAGGGUUAAGUCAUUGGAUCUGCAUCCAACUGAGCCAUGGAUUCUUGCUAGUCUUUACUCAGGAAGUGUCUGCAUCUGGAACUACCAAACUCAGACUAUGGCUAAGUCAUUUGAGGUCACUGAACUACCUGUGAGAUCAGCAAAAUUUAUUGCACGCAAGCAGUGGGUUGUGGCUGGAGCAGAUGAUAUGUUCAUACGCGUGUACAAUUAUAACACAAUGGAUAAGGUCAAAGUUUUUGAAGCGCACACAGAUUACAUUAGAUGUGUGGCUGUGCAUCCCACCCUUCCAUAUGUACUGUCAUCAUCUGAUGACAUGUUGAUAAAACUUUGGGAUUGGGACAAAGGAUGGAUGUGUACUCAGAUUUUUGAGGGGCAUUCUCACUAUGUGAUGCAAGUUACUUUUAAUCCAAAGGACACGAAUACUUUUGCAAGUGCCUCCCUUGAUCGCACAAUAAAGAUCUGGAAUCUUGGUUCUCCAGACCCAAAUUUUACAUUGGAUGCCCAUCUGAAGGGAGUGAAUUGUGUAGAUUAUUUCACUGGUGGUGAUAGGCCAUACUUAAUUACUGGAUCUGAUGAUCAUACUGCUAAGGUGUGGGAUUAUCAAACUAAGAGCUGCGUUCAAACACUUGAAGGCCAUACACACAAUGUUUCAGCUGUCUGUUUCCAUCCUGAGCUUCCCAUAAUAAUAACAGGUUCUGAGGAUGGAACUGUUCGCAUAUGGCAUGCAACAACCUAUAGGCUUGAAAAUACUCUCAAUUAUGGUCUUGAACGAGUUUGGGCGUUGGGGUACAUGAAAGGAUCAAGAAGGGUUGCGAUUGGGUAUGAUGAAGGGACCAUAAUGAUAAAACUUGGGCGUGAAGUACCUGUUGCUAGUAUGGACAGCAGCGGGAAAAUUAUAUGGGCAAAACAUAAUGAAAUUCAAACUGUGAACAUUAAAACAGUUGGAGCGGACUAUGAGGUAACCGAUGGAGAAAGAUUACCCUUGGCUGUGAAGGAGUUGGGGAGCUGUGAUCUUUAUCCACAAAGCUUGAAGCAUAAUCCCAAUGGAAGAUUUGUUGUUGUUUGUGGAGAUGGAGAAUACAUCAUAUACACUGCUUUGGCAUGGAGAAAUAGGUCUUUUGGCUCUGCCUUGGAGUUUGUUUGGUCCUCUGAAGGAGAAUAUGCUGUUAGAGAAAGUACAUCAAGAAUUAAAAUUUUCAGUAAAACAUUCCAGGAAAAGAAAAGCAUUCGACCAACAUUCUCUGCAGAGCGCAUUUUUGGGGGAGCAUUAUUAGCAAUGUGCUCCAAUGAUUUCAUUUGCUUUUAUGACUGGGCUGAAUGCAGGUUAAUACGUCGGGUUGAUGUUAAUGUCAAGAAUCUUUAUUGGGCAGAUAGUGGUGAUCUAGUGGCAAUAGCUAGUGAUACAUCAUUUUACAUCCUUAAGUACAAUAGAGAUGUUGUUUCUUCUUACCUGGAAAGUGGAAAGCCAGUGGAUGAACAAGGUGUAGAGGAUUCAUUUGAACUUCUCCAUGAAGUCAAUGAGAGGGUCAGGACAGGCCUUUGGGUUGGUGACUGUUUUAUCUACAAUAAUUCUUCGUGGCGACUGAAUUAUUGUGUUGGUGGGGAGGUCACCACCAUGUUCCAUUUGGACCGGCCCAUGUACUUGCUCGGAUACCUUGCUAGUCAAAGUCGUGUUUAUCUCAUUGACAAAGAGUUCAAUGUAAUGGGUUACACAUUGCUUCUUAGUUUGAUUGAGUAUAAAACUCUUGUAAUGCGUGGUGAUUUGGACCGUGCAAAUGAAGUUUUACCUUCAAUCCCCAAGGAGCAUCACAAUAGUGUGGCUCACUUUUUGGAAUCCCGAGGAAUGCUAGAGGAUGCUCUUGAAGUAGCUACAGAUCCUAAUUACCGAUUUGAUCUAGCUGUGCAGCUUGGGAAACUUGAAAUUGCUAAGGCUAUUGCUGUUGAAGUUCAAAGUGAAUCUAAGUGGAAGCAGUUGGGUGAGCUAGCGAUGUCCAUUGGAAAGUUAGAAAUGGCUGAGGAAUGUUUAUCAAAUGCCAUGGAUUUGAGUGGUCUGUUGCUGCUUUACUCUUCUCUUGGAGAUGCUGAAGGAAUUACAAGACUUGCAUCUCUGGCUAAAGAGCAAGGAAAGAACAAUGUUGCCUUCCUCUGUCUGUUUAUGCUUGGCAAAUUGGAAGACUGCCUUCAACUCUUGUUGGAAAGUAAUCGGAUACCAGAAGCUGCACUAAUGGCACGAUCUUAUCUUCCAAGCAAAGUAACUGAGAUUGUAUCUGUGUGGAAAAAUGAUCUCAACAAGGUUAACCCAAAAGCUGCUGAAUCUUUGGCUGAUCCCGAGGAAUAUCCAAAUUUAUUUGAGGACUGGCAAAUUACUCUUGAUGUUGAGUCUAAUCUUGCCCUUAAAAGCAGGGGCAGUUACCCACCUGCUGACCAAUACGUGAACUAUGCUGGGACAUCAAACAUGAACCUUGUUGAAUCUUUCAAAAGCAUGCAAAUUGAUGAAUAUGACGUACCUCUUGAAAAUGGAGACACUGCGCAUGAGGUAACUGAAGAGAAUGGAGAAGAGGAACAUCAAGAAACUGUCGAAAUUGAUGCAGAGGAUACUACAGAUGGCUCCGUCCUUGUUAAUGGGAAUGAAGGUGGCGAACAGUGGGGUACGAAUAAUGAAGGAAACCCGUCAGCAUAAAAUCAAUUGGUUGGACAAGUUGCUUACACCAAGAGAUUAGGGAUCCGAUAAGACUACAGCCAAUUUCAGCAGUGAUAACCCCGCUUUUUAAGAUUGCAGAGAAGGUAACCAGUACCAAAAUCAGUAGCGCGGAUAGUUCACCAGAUCAGUGUGAAUAGUUAAAUUUUUUAUUGAUGUAUCUUUCAAAGCAUCUAUAUGUACAAUUGAAAUGCUGGAAGGGAAGGGAGGGUGAUAUCCUGACCUGCCAGCAUUUUUUUUUUUCUUCUUUGAAUUAUUGUUUUUGUUUUCAUAAGACAUUUUGUCUUUGGUGUUUUGACAUACUUCGGUUUCCAGCUUACCAGAACCCGGAAAAAAAAAAAGGAAUGGAUGUGCUCCAUUGGCUCUGUUGUAGAGAGCAAAUUUUUGUGAUACAAGUGACUUAUCAGUAGAUGUUGUAGAUGUUGCAGAUGUUGCCAUUAAAAUUGUAUCUUUAAUUCAGUUCUUUGUUGUGGGCUUCA